GGAUCUUCUUUUUCCUCUAAAUCAAGCUUUCUCGCCAGUUUCUCUCGUUUUCGCUCUCCAUCCACAAGACACGUCCCUUUCAAAGAAUCACAGAUCCUUCUUCCAAAGGAACUUUUGGCGGCGGGUGUUUUGACGUACGUGUAGGGAAUAAAAAUGUUGGGGGGUUUCAUAACCAGAUUUCUUCUGUUGCUUCUUGGGUAUGCAUAUCCUGCAUUUGAGUGUUACAAAACCGUGGAGAAGAACAGAGUGGAGAUCGCAGAACUCCGUUUUUGGUGUCAAUAUUGGAUUCUUGUGGCAAUGCUUACUGUUCUUGAGAGGAUCAUGGACAUAUUCAUGAGAUGGUUUCCAUUGUAUGGUGAGAUGAAGGUGGCACUUGUUAUCUAUCUAUGGCAUCCAAAGACAAAGGGAACUGGUUAUGUGUAUGAGACCCUGUUCCGGCCGUAUAUAGCAAAGCACGAAACAGACAUCGACAGGAAAUUGCUGGAGUGGAGAGCAAGAGCGUGGGAUUUGGCCAUUUUCCACUGGCAAAACUGCUCGCAAUUAGGGCAGUCGGUAUUCUUCCAAGUGCUGCAGUACUUGACUGCUCAGUCCGGAAGGUUCAACAACACUAGAAAUGAGAGGGCCGAGAGUCACGGUACGGGAACGUCCCAAACUACCCCAAAUGGUGCACCCAACACGCAAGCCAGUCGGUCAGGCAAGAUCAAGAAGUGGCCUCCGAGUCCGACUGCAUCGACACAGCCCGGUGGCACAUUCAACCGGGUCAUUGUCGAGCGAACCAAAUCCAAUGUCGUAGAAGUUCAUCCCGACAACCAAGCAGAGCACUUGCACGCUGAAGACGCGUCCGACCCGGAAAACCACUCGAGCCCAAAGCCACACCAAGCUUUCCUAAAGUUUAGGCGCUCCAAAAAACACAAUUGAGAAUUGUACAGAUACCUUGAUUUGGUCGGUGAAGCUCAGGAAAUUAAAGAGAAGAAACUAUUCUGUCAAAUCAACAUUCACACACAUACAAGUCAUUGGUAUCGGUGGGUCGCCGUGAAGACGCGCGAUUGCCGUUAACGUGGCCUCUGCUAUCUGCUGUUCCGGA